AGAGACAGAAAGUGAACCCAGAAAAGAGUAAAGUUCAAAGCUUUACAAAUUACAAUGGUCUAUUCACAGAGCUUGUUAGCAAGAAGAGGGCCUUUGGGCGCCGUAUGGGUAGCUGCUUAUUGUUUCAAGAAGCUUAAGAAGACCCAGAUCACAGACACUGACAUUUUAGCCUCUAUUGAUAAAAUUCUACAGGAUGAAUGGGAUGGUGUCGCAUAUAGAGUACUAGCCUACCUACUUCUUGGUGUUGUUCGAAUAUACUCAAGAAAAGUGGAAUGUCUUUUUGAUGACUGCAAUAAAGUGCUAAUAGAUAUCAAGAAAUUUGUUGUUAGCACAAAUGAUAAUGCACCUACAGAAGUGGUCUGUGCGUCUGUUACCAUACCAGACACAUUUGAACUUGAUGCUUUUGAUAUGGGGAGCCUUGAAGAUGUCAGUAGCGCACAUUUGGCGUCUCACAAAGAAAUCACGCUUAUAGAAUGUGCAGACUGGAAUGGAAUAGAACGACUUUCAUCAGAAAUGUAUGAUCAUGUGGAAUUUGGUGCCUGCCACAGUAUUUUCUCUACUUAUUACUCCCCAGUCAGAAGUGUACUUUCAUCUCACCUGAUGGACUUUCAUAUGGAGUUAAGAACAUCAAGUAAUGAUGAGUCGGAAGAAAUUGUAAAACAGCUUCAAUGGCAUAGGUUCUCUCAAGAAGAAUGUGCCAACAGCAAUACAUUUCUUGGCAUUGAGAAAGAACCUCAAAACCAAUUCAAGCAAUGUGGUGAACAUAAUGAAACUAAUGGAGAAAUGAUAAAGACUCCAGAUAUAGUAGUAAUGCCUGAAGAUGGAAUUCAGGAAGAAGUUCAGAACCAUGAGAUCCUUGGUGGGAAUGAUAGAGAACCUUCCUGCCAUGUGAUAACUGGUGAGGAUCAUCAAAGUGAUCGAGAGGAGAUGAUGGAAUUAGACUUGGUGCAACCAGAAAAUUUGUGGGGCCAAGAGCAUAGUCUAAGAAACUUAAAAGCUCAAGAAAAAUCUAUGGACCUUGAUGUGCUCUGUGGGGCCAAGAAACCUCAAGACCGUGUUUGUUCUUAUGGAGAAGAGAAUCUUAAUGCAGAGCCAGCUAAGGUACUGGACAUGAUGUCACCAGAUACCAUGAAAAAUAUUCCGGAAGAAGAUCCAGAAUCCUUCUCAGUUGAAUAUGAUGGGGCCAAGAAACCUCAAGAACUUGUUUGUUCUUAUGGAGAAGAGAAUCUUAAUGCAGAGCCAGCUAAGGUACUGGACAUGAUGGCACCAGAUACCAUGAAAAAUAUUCCGGAAGAAGAUCCAGAAUCCGUCUCAGUUGAAUAUGAUGGCAGUCCUGAUGCCAAGCAGCCAGAUGCUCUAGGGGUUACUACACCAAAAUUGGUGGCUGUUCCCAGACCAGCUUCUAAGCGGUCGGCUCAAAUCUCUAGGAAAAGAAAAUGUGUAUUUGAUGAUAUAGUAAUGCUGCCUAGCGAGGUAAUAAGGCAAAGCAUACAUGAUGCUAGUGACUUGGUUGCUAAAAGAAGAAAAGUUCCCAAAAAUGCUCAUGCUGUUUGGCAAACUUGUCAAAUUAGAAAUCUUGCCCAGAAUUUCUUGGAGCCAUUGAUAUCUAACGUUUCGCAAGAGCUGAGGUCCCUUUUAUGCAAAAGGAAACUUAGGAAACUAAAGAUUACCCCAGAGAAGCUAGAUUUGUUGAACUGUCAAAGGACUGGUAUAUCAGAGCAAAUAGAGGUCGUAGAAACGGGAACUGUUGAACCUAUUGAAGACUCAGAUGUGUUGGAAUAUCCAUGUGCUGUUACAUUAGAACAAGCUGAAAUUGCACCAGAUACUCCUGUUCUUCGCCCAAAAUCAAUCAAAUCAUUUCAUAGUCCAAAGAGUCCUGAGGUUCCUGAUAUUGAUCUAGUAAGACCCGAGACAUCUGGAAGAUUAGAAAAAGAGCCAUCUAUGGGAGCAGAGCAAGAAAUCCCUUCUGGAAAUGUAGAAGAAAUACCAUCUCUGGAUAGAGAUCAAGAACAUGACUUCAAUUUGUUGACUGAGGAGGCUGAAAUUUGUGAAGGAGUUAGUCCUGAACCCGACGGGUGUUCAGUGAGAACCAGAAAGGUGGCGAGGUACUUGCACAGUCACUUUACGAUUUACAAAAGUCGUGGAGAAAAAGAAGUGAACUUGUUAGAGGUUGCAGAACGAAGAACCAAGAAAGAAAGUGCAAGGCUAUUCUAUGAGACACUGGUGUUGAAAACUAGAGGGUUUGUGGAUGUGAAGCAAGCUGAUCCCUACGGCGACAUUCUGAUAUGGAAACUCCCCAAAUGGGAGCAAAUGUGGGGAGACAAUACAGUCAAUAAAGCCAGUACUUCUGAAACCAUGUUACUUUGUCCAUAGCUACUUGGCUAGAAUUAGGAAUUGCGUGACUGAUAUGCCACAUUGCCACUAUAGUAGAGUAGAAUCACUAGAUCUCAUUAUAGGAGUGUAAAGCAUUGGUUAUAACAGCUCUCGUUCAUGCCCAGAGUAGA